UUUGGCUGCAAAGCUAGUCGUUCGAACGAACCAGUCGCGGGUACCAUUUUGAAUUUCGGAAAACGAAAGUCUGCACACCAAAACCGGCUUCAUUACUUAACAUCCGUUCGAGGAUCGUGAAGACGCGUUCCCACUUGACACUACCGUCGACUCGCAUUCUUGGGUAUGAUCGGCAACAACAAUUCGAAGGGUGAUGAAAGGGUAAUUCAAACAGGCAACGGAACUAUCACGAACAAAAAGAAUGGCAAAACGCAGUACAUUAAUUUUGGUGAAGAGGAUCAAAUGGAAAUACAAGGAUUCGCUAGCAGUAAGUUGAGGUUGCGGAUCUGCGUGACCGUCUACUGCCUAACGCUGGGAUUGCUCAGGUUGUUUUUUCAUUGGUACCCGUAUCUGCAUUUAGUGGCGACUCACUCCAAAGCUCCGUUAAGCAGUGCUGAGAAGGUUCUAAUAACGGAUAAAUACCAAGGCAAAGCGAAAACUUACUUCGUCAAAACCGUCAAAGUAUUAAGAAGCGAAACCUCGACCGAUAGCGGCGAGAAAAGCGUUCAAAAGUUGUUGAAAUUUCGCCUGGCGGAUGGUCGAACCAAAGAACUAUACCAGAUACGUAUUAUUAGAUGUAAGAAACUUAGUUACAUUUGGGACGACGAGAUGCAACGAUUCGCGAAACUGGCAGGGUUAGAAAACGGGAUAACCAGGUCGAAUCUUCACGACUUCGGAGGUCAAACCAAAGACGAACAACUCAGAAAGAAAAUCGUCUACGGGGAUAACGAAAUAAACGUGCCAGUUCAAACGGUUUCGACACUGUUACUGUUGGAAGCCCUAACUCCCUUCUAUAUAUUCCAGUUGUUCAGUUUGAUCGUUUGGCUAUCAGAAAGCUACUACUACUACACGGUGGCUUUGAUCGUCAUGUCAGUCUUCGGCAUAGCCACGUCGGUGAUUCAAACCAGAAAGAAUCAGAAAAAUUUGAAAGGGACGGUGAACCGUUCCGACAGAGCUACGAUCUGUAGAGCCCCUGGGGUGCACGACGAGGUUUCCACAUCAGAACUGGUACCUGGAGAUGUCAUCGUCAUCCCAAAGUUCGGAUGCGACGUGCACUGCGACGCUGUUCUGCUUUCUGGAGGGUGUAUCGUCAACGAGAGCAUGCUUACCGGUGAGUCGGUGCCCGUAGCCAAGUCGCCAGUUCACAACGACGACACCCUUUACAACGUCAAAGAAGACGUGAAUCACACUUUGUUUUGCGGGACCAAAGUUAUCCAGACGAGAUGUCAGGAUAACGAGGCGGUGACCGCGGUGGUGAUCCGAACGGGAUACCUGACCACCAAAGGCGAGCUGGUGCGAAGUAUUUUGUACCCGCCACCGGCCGAUUUCAAAUUCGACCAGGACAGCUACAAAUACAUAGGGAUCUUAUCCUGCAUCGCGGCUUUAGGUUUCCUAUACACGGUCGUGUCCAAGAUAUCGAGAAAUAUAGCACCGUUGGAGAUCGCGAUCAAGGCCCUAGACAUCAUUACCAUAGUGAUACCACCGGCUUUACCAGCGGCUAUGACAGUGGGAAAGCUCUACGCUUUGAACCGUUUGAAGAACAACAAGAUUUUUUGCAUCAACUCGCGGGUCAUCAAUGUUUCCGGCUCGGUGGAUUGCAUUUGUUUCGAUAAGACAGGCACUUUAACCGAAGACAAUUUAGACAUGUGGUCAGUGGUGCCCGUAAGAGAAGGCGAAUUCGACGCCCCCAUUAAAGAUAUGCGCACAGUAACGACUUCGUUGAACUUUCUGCGCGGAAUGGCGGCUUGUCAUUCACUUUCCAGAAUCAACGGCCAAACCUGCGGAGAUCCACUGGAUGUGAAGAUGUUCGAAUCAACUGGCUGGACCUUCAUUGAUAACCACACAGGUGAAAUUAAAUACGAUUCAUUCACACCACUAGUCGUGAUGAUGUCGCAGAAUCCUAAUUUGGGGGAACAUCAAGAAGUAGCGGUGGUGAAACAGUUCCAGUUCUCGUCUGCGCUACAAAGGAUGAGCGUGGUUGCCAAGUCGCCGACAAAUCCCCACCUCGAAGUGUUCUGCAAGGGGUCGCCGGAAGUGAUAGUGACGCUUUGUAACGCGACAAGCGUUCCCGGCGAUAUUCGCGUAAAACUGAAGCAGUACACCGAACAAGGUUACAGAGUCAUAGCUCUCGCGUUCAGGACCCUCGAGUCAACCGAGCACGUCUUUGCGCUGAGCAGAAAAGAGGCGGAGACGGGUCUGACUUUCCUCGGCCUUAUCGUGUUCGAGAACAAGCUCAAACCGAAGACUGCGAACGUCGUGAGGACUUUGAAAGACGCAGAUAUGAAAGUCGUCAUGAUUACUGGCGACAAUAUUCAGACGGCCGUUACGGUGGCCAAAGAAUGCGGAAUUGUGGGCGUAGAAGUGACGAUCAUCGAGGUGGUGGUUACCAAACCGAGCAAGUUCGAAUUCGCUAGUAUUAAGUAUAACGUGGUGAAACGAGCUGGUGGGAAAAUGUACUCCCUCAAUGGUCACGACUACUCCAAGGUGGAUAUCGAAAUCGCAAGGGAAAGAAACUAUUGUCUAGUGAUGAGCGGUCAGUGCUGGGGCAACUUGGUUCGCUAUUUUCCGGAUAUGGUACCGAAAAUUGUCGCGAAAGGUGUUGUGUUCGCGAGAAUGUCCGGCAUACAAAAGCAGCAACUCGUCGAAGAACUGAAAACGCUGGGAUACUACGUCGCCAUGUGUGGCGACGGCGCAAACGACUGCGGUGCUCUCAAAGCGGCGCACGUGGGCGUGUCCUUGUCGGACGCAGAGUCUAGCGUAGCAUCUCCGUUCACAUCGAAGGAACAGGACGUGUCGUGCGUGCCCGAAGUGGUCAAAGAGGGCAGAGCCGCCCUCGUCACCUCUUUCGGCGUCUUCAAAAUGAUGAUCUGCUACAGCCUGACAGAAUUCUGUUCGGUGAUCAUCCUCUACAACAUCGACUCCAACCUUAGCUCGUUCCAAUUCUUGUUCAUCGACGUCGUCCUCAUCAUGACGUUCGCUUCCUCUUUCGGCAGGACCAAAGCCGCCGCGACGCUUGCCAAAAAACCACCGAGGAUGAGCAUCCUCAGCUUCGUACCAGUAUGCUCGAUCGCCCUGUUUAUGGCACUGACCGUAGCGUUUCAAGUGUUCGCGUUCCGACACGUGCAGACCUACGAUUGGUUCGUUGCGUUUCGCUACGACCGGCUUAAUCCCUACAAUUUCUACUCGUACGAGGACUACGCAGUAUUUGGUGUCUCGAUGUUCCAAUACAUCAUCCUAGCCGUGGUGUUCUCCAAGGGUAAACCCUACAGGCGACCCUUGUACACCAAUUCCGUAUUCCUGCUGAGUUUGAUCGUUAUGACGAUACUGUGCGCGUGGGUAGUUCUGCGUCCGCCCGAGUUCCUCUGGAAAGUUCUCGAACUAAAAGUGCCUCCCCAUUGGGACGGAAGAAUUGCGAUCUUGGGGAUCGCAUCGUUCAACUUCCUAGCGUGCUACGCGUUGGAGGAGUUGUUCGUCGAGGUGAUUCUCGGACGGUACGUCGAACCGAAGAUAGUGAAGUCGGCCAAGAGGUACGAGCAAGUACUGGAAGAUUUACAGCAAACCGAUUGGCCAUUGGUGGAGGGCUACGAGCCCGGGGCGGAAGUGAAAGGGCUGGUGAAUCGGGCGUAUUUGGAAGAGACCAAUGAAAAAACAAAGUUGUGAUUGUGUAGAAGUGAAAGUUGGGCGAGAAAUCAAAGCUGAGUGAUUGUGAUUCAUAAUGAGAAAAAUCGUUGGACGAGAAAACAAAAAUCUGAUCCUGAUUUAAAGUAGAUAAAUGUACAACGUAAAAGAGUUUUGUUUUCUUCAAUCUUACAUUUUUUAAACGCACGGGCGGUAUUUUCCUGUAUAAUAUCCCUUGUAGUGCAAUUUUUUCGAGUACACGUGUUUUUGGAAAUUAUCCCAAGACGUGAAGCAUCCCCCGACUUCAUAACCGACAUCGUUGAAUAUGUAGCAACAUAACCCAAAUUAAGAACAAAUUUAUUUUGCUGCACCUGAGCUUUGAACAAUCCAAAGUUUUUGUAAUUAGAUUCUUGCGCAAAACUUGGGAUACCAAAAAAAAAUUUGGCUUUCCCCCGCCUCCACCCCGGACCAACCGCCCCAUCCGGCCUUCAACCGGCGCGAACAGCAAAAACAGUGGAGCCGGCACACUUAAACACUUUAAAACGUACACCAGAAACUUCCGAAACAAAAAUCACACACAAAAAAACGGUUUUUGGAACGCACAAAACGGAAUGCUGUGGAAUUCUCGACUCCAGAAUAUCCAAAGAAUAAUAUAAGAAGGAAAAUUAUAGCUCCGUUACUAGGAUUUCUGUAGUGAGCAUUGCACAUGGCGGGUUCACCUCCGCUCCCGACAAAAUCCUCUGUAAUCGUCCCCAAAAUAAUCCAAAUGGGUUCCAUUGUGUGGAUUUAGUGUUCUCAGUGUUUAGUAAUGUUAUAAAGUGCGUAAUCGUUGUCUACACCCUUGUUUUUUGACUUCUACGCCGGUUGGAGGCUGGAUGGGCCCGAAUGGUCCGUGGCGGAACCGAAAGGUCGUUUUCGGCAAUCGGUUAAAAGUUUUCAAGAAAGCAGAAUUCUCCAUUAGUUUGUUUCCCUUGUUUGUUCCUUUUAAUUAAUGCACCCUUCAGGUAAUAAAGAAAAUAUUGAAUUAUAGUUGUUAGUGGCCGAGUGAUCUUAGCAAUUUGGCCAAUAGAAGUAAAGGAGAGGGAGGGCUAUGUUCCCAAUGAUCUUAGGCAUUGCGAAGCUAACCUACAAACAAUAAACAAUGUAAAUAAUGGUAUUUAUUUUAAAGAAUAUCAAGAACGGAAAUGAAGUUUGUCUGAGUUAUGAAAAGAAGCAUACAAUAGGGAGACGAUCUUUUAAUGACAUUAUAGUGAAAGAUCCUACUGUUAGUAAAAAACAUGCGUUAUUAAUCACAAAGGCUGAAAAAGUUAUCUUAAAAGACUUAAAUUCUAAACGGGGUACUUUGGUCAACGGAAAAGAAAUAAAAUCAAGCCACAUAUUAAAAAGUUCAGAUAAAAUAAAAUUUGGUCUGAAAGAUGCCGAGAUCCAGUUUUUGGAACUUAAUUGGAGAACGGUAGUAUCCGAUAUGAUUGAAGCUGAUGAAAAAAUACUUCGCAAGGCACUCAAUAACUGCCAUGUUAAAAUAGCUGACACUUGGUCAAACAAAUGUACACAUUACACUACCCACAGGAUAACACUGAAGGAAGAAAUAUUGAGUGCUUUGAUUGAUCGUAAGCCUUUUGUUACAACUCAAUUUUGGCUUAAGCUGGAAAAGUGCUUGCAUGAUAAUGAUUCUCUUCCUGAUACAUGGCAGUUUUUUCCACCUUUAGAUGAAAGCUUGAGAAAGUAUGGUUUGGACUUCAAUCCCGACUUGAGAAGACGAUUUUUAUUUGAAGAAAAACAAUUUGUUGUUUUUGAUGAAGAGAAUGAAUAUGUCUUUGCAGGGCUUAUAGAAAAAUGCGGUGGAACUGUAUUAUUCUGGACAAAAUUAAGUAAAGAAACAAAGUUGAAAAUUUUGAAUAAUUCAAACUAUGUGUUUGUAAACAACGGCAAUGUUGCAAAAUAUAUAGACACAUCAACAUGCAAAAACUUAUUUUCAAAAAGGGAUAUAUGCUUAGCCAUCUGUCAAUGUUCCACACAAAUACGUUCUGAAAUGCAAUAUAUUGGUGAUUCAACAACGGAUAACACAAAAUGUGGCACCAAUAUAUCUGAGGCAGAUUCAACAACACCUGAUUUUUUGGAUGAAUUGCCUACCACGGAUGGUGGAAGAGCUGCUAGUCAUAGUUCUAUAGCACCAAGCGAAACUUUUGAAUUAUUGGCAGGUUCUUCUCCCAAAAAAUUAAAAGCGAUAGAACAUCAUUCUGACAGAACGGAAAGGAAAAAUGACACAAAGUUAGUGUUGAAUCCUUUUGCGAAAGUGCAUUCUUCCACAAAAGCCAGCGCACCUCACGCGAUAUCAAAAAAGCCAAAGAAUGAUCCACAUUCUAUGCCUAAAUGGUUGGAAAAAAGAAGGGCAACCUUGCCAACAGAUAAUGGUCUCCACGAUAGCCUUCCAGUAGUUGAUUUAACUAUGGAUGACUCAAGUCAAAGUGAGGAACGACAAAUGGACUCAUUUAUAAAACAGGUUAAGAGUAGAUUCAAGGAUGUUGAAAUAGAACUUGUACUGACUCAAAAUCGGGAUUUGAGGUGAAAUUAUUAAUAAUUAGAAAAUGUAAAUGAGUUUGCGCCUAUUGCAUACUUUAUAUUUUAUUUGAAGAUGUGUUGAUUGUUUUGUAUUUACUUUUAUGGUAUUAUACUGAACCUAUUAUAAAAUAAUUUAAUGUAUUUAUGUUUAUCUAUAAUAUUUUUAUUACAAAUGCGAGUUAAUUUUUCUCUGCGAAU